UGGAAAGGGGACCCGGUUCAAAUAAUAAAACGCGUAUAUUUACUUCUGCCCAUCAAAAGUUUCCGGGUUUGUGUUUGAGAUCGAGACUUCUCCAUCUCGGACACGGAUCUGCUCCUUCGCCUUCACAUCGUCUUCUCCGAACACAGGGGAUUUAUUGAGCAUGGCUAAAGAACCUGCUUUCACAAAAGUUGAGCAGCUUCGGCCUCUAGCUGAAGGGCUUAACCUCACAGUUAAAGUAGUUAGUUUCAAGAUGAUAAUGCCUCGGGGCCGCGCCGAUGCAAGUCAAGGGCGCCAAAUGCGUCUUUCUGAGUGCUUGGUAGGUGAUGAGACGGGAAUGAUUAUCUUCACUGCCCGAAAUGAUCAGGUGGAAUUGAUGAAAGAGGGCACCACUGUCGUAUUGCGCAACGCGAAAAUUGACAUGUUCAAGGGUUCAAUGAGGCUGGCAGUGGACAGGUCAGGUCGCAUUGAGGUCUCAGAGCCUGCUGAUUUCUCCGUGAAAGAGAACAGCAAUUUGUCCCUCAUCGAGUUUGAGCGUGUGGACGUCGUCACAUAACUUGUUAGAUGAUUUUUACUUUCCAACUGUCACUGUUCCACCUAAAUUAAUUUUGUUCUUGCUACUAAUUUCCUAGUUUGUUGAACAUUUUGUCCUAGUUUUGGGUGUUUAAUAUGGUAUCCGACAGCCUGAUGAGCCUUAUUAGUACACAUCUUUUUUGCGGCUUAUGUCAUAUAUGUGUAGCUCGUCAGUAUGAUCUUUGUUUACUGAUAUUAUUUUCUAUUCCUUCUCCGUGCGGUUCCCUUC